GGCGCUCUGUCCUACCGGCCCAGCCCGGCCCGGCCGACCGGUGGAACCGUCGGCCCAGCCGGCCGGCGAGUCGCACCGGGACUGCGGCCGGGAACGGGCGCGCUUCUGGACAGUCUCCGCCGGCCGGUGACCGUCAGUGAUCGACGACGACGGAGAGUGAGAGACGACGACAGAGGACGCUGGACGCCAUCGAGGGUAAUUAGGCAGCUGAAGGAGGGGGUAGGCGGUGCGAGUGUAAAUUGGGAGAUUGUUGUAAUCAGCAAGACAGUGUUCGCUGGAGGUCGAGUGAUUGACUUUUUUGGAAGGACAACGCAGGACUGUGUAUCAGGGACGUUUGAAAAGACAUUAGCACGAACCUAGCGGUUCUGUGGAAGCGCUCAGUGAGAAAAAGCGAGACGCGAGGAGGAGUGACAGUGCGAGGACUAGCAGUGGACCCAAAACAAUCCGAAGUGAUCAACGUAGAGCUGUGGUGUCGUGCUCACUAGCUCAGCACCAGAACCUUCUUCUCUCCCGGCGCUCUCCAAGCAAUCAGGAUGCACUCGGACCUGAUCCUGGUGGUGGCCGCUCAGGUGCUGGUUAUCAGCGCCGUGGCCGCGGCCAUCGGGGUCCUCCUGCUCCGCCACCUGGUCUGCCGGCGUCGGGUGCGCUCCAAGGGCCGCGCUGUGCUGGUGACCGGCUGUGACCGCGGCGUGGGGCUCGAGCUGGCCGCCCACCUCGACUCUCUUGGCUUCAGGGUGCUGGCCGGGGUGCGCGAGCCGUGUGGCGCCGGAGCGGCUCGGCUGCAGGCUCGCACCUCAGUGCUGACCCGCCUGGUGGACCUGGAUGUGACCUCAGAGGUCAGCGUGGCGGCCGCGGCCGGCCAGGUGCGCAGAGAGCUACAGGAGACCGAUACAGAGCUGUGGGCCGUCAUCAACAACGCCGGCGUCUGCAUUCCCGGGGAGUUACAGUGGCUGACCUGGGAGCAGUGUCACAGGUCGAUCCAGGUCAACCUGGAGGGGGCCGUACGCAUCACCAAAACCUUCCUGCCGCUGCUCCAACAGGCCAAAGGUCGUGUGGUGUUUGUGACGUCAUGUUUCACGGAUGGCGGACUGCCGGGAGCUGGUCUCCUGUCGGCCACCUCGGCCGCACUGGACGCCCUGGCUGAUUGCCUGAGACUGGAGGCGCAGGGACAGGUCAAGGUGUCUACGGUUCGACUGGGAGACUUCAGUCUGACCACCGGUCUUCUCAGCGAACAUCACAGGGAGGUGGCCGCCAUGCGGGCCGCCCUGCCGGACGCUGCCGAGGUGGACAGGUUCUCCGCAUACCAGGACGCGGUAGCCAGCCGCGGACUGACGCUGCGCUCCGCGGCGCCGCCCCAGCCCCUCCCCAAGACCGUGUGCGCUGCCUUCGAGGACGCCCUGCUGACCCGGCGCCCCCUGAGGGCCUACCAGGUGACCGAGGGCGUCGGCGCCCGGCUCGGCCGCUGGCUGAGGGCCCGGCUGCCCUCUGACCUGCGAGACGCCCUGGUGACCCGCCGCUUCCGUCGUCAGCUACCCAAAGUGACGCACCUGUAGAGGGCACCGGUGUGCCGACCGGCGCGGCGGCGGCGUCACCGGCAGCGUGAAACAGCUCCCUUGGGGUACGGAGACGCGUCACGCUCGCAAAAGCACCGCCAGAGGCCUGCUACGUCUUCUACCACCAAAUAAACAUCAACCCCGGAUCCACUCUGGACACGGUCCGUGCCGGCGGCCGCUGCAGCGUACAGAGGCGGUCAGAGCUGUUUGAAAUAGUCACCGGACCGUGCUGCCGCGGUUGCCGUCUGCCGGACGUCACAAGAUAACACAGCGACUGUUUGGGCCGGACCCUGCAUGUGUACCUUAAAUAUUGUAUCCACGAGGCAUGUCGCUAGAUAAAGAUAGGAUUAGGUAGCCGGUGCAUGCUGUUUUACUCCGGUGUGUGACCUUUCAUCGCGUUUCGGUAGGCUACAUGAACUUUUACUUCGGUUUGCAGAACUUAUAUUCGACUCAUCAGAUCGGCAUGCAUUAUCACUAGACGCAGAUUAUUACGGUUUUGGUAAAGGUAAAAUUGGUAUUUUAGCAAUAUAUAUAUUAGGCAAGGAUUUAGCAAUUUGUCCCCGUUCUCAAUAAGUCCUGGAAAUGAAUGCUCAAUCGUGUAGGUUAUACUUUCGGCGAUGCUCCAUCAAGUAGCACACUAAGGUAGCUAGUAGUAAAGGUUGCUGGAAAUGACAAGCCAUUAAUAACACGAGUGAUGCUAACGUGCGUUUGGAUGUGCUAAUUGCCCUUGUGAGGAGGGAUAGCAGAUAUGUUGUGAAAUGUGCUGUGCUGAAUGGUAGGCUAUGUGGAACAAACCGUGGUGAUAAUGCAUGGAUAUUGGAUAGUGUACUGUAAUGUGCUGGAUAGUGUGCUGUAAUGUGCUGGAUAUUGUGUUGUAAUGUGCUGGUUGUGCUGCAGUAGCGUGAAGAGGCUAGCUCGAACGGAAAUGUGAUUUUAGGCAGCUGCUGCAUUGCUCGAAUGCGAGUCUCCGAUACAUUUGACUAGGUGACUGUUUUAGUGAUAGUCCAUAAGCUCCAUUUUAGAUGGGACGGCCCACCUGGCCCCGGCCGUUCUAUUCAUCUUGGAUGGCCGACUUUUGUGCCGAUUUAGAAUAGGAUAAUCAUAUUGAACUGAACAGGACAGAUAUUAUCUCCUGUGCGUUUCGAAGACGCGUUGCCACCGCGAUGUCUUAUUUCUUUUUGUAUCGGUGUUUUCCCUCUGUUUCGGUGUUAGUGUACUGUAGACCCCACCCGCACUCCGCUGACCCGCGCACCCAGGAUGGGCGCAGACGGCGUCACCCCGUCACCCGUUACGCGUCACACACUACUUCAGUGGAGACCACAGGCCGUUGGUCCGCCCUCUCCGGCUUUGAUGUACCCAAAUAAACGAUACACAGCCAGA